AUGGCUAACAAAACUAAAAAGAAUCACUUGAAAAAUAAUCUCGACCUAGCUACCUGUGAAGUUUUCAAACAUUUGAGAAAUGCAAAAAGAUUUGCCAUAGAUAUUGGCGGUUCACUUGCUAAGCUGGCAUACUAUUCCACUGUUUCGAAGAAGAAGCCACUUGCGUUGGAAUCAACUGAGUCAAGCAAUGGCGGAGUGUACAAAGUCGUUGAAACGGAUGAAAUGAGAGAUGAGUUGAGAUUUGUGAAAUUUGAAAGCAGGUACAUGGAGACGUGCAUCGACUUCAUCCGCAAGCACCUCGUUGGCACUCAGGAACACAUGAAGGGCAAGGUCAUCAAGGUGACAGGAGGCGGGGCUUACAAGUUCAAAGAUCUCUUGUGCAAUAAACUGGGAGUUCAGGUUGACAAGGAAGAUGAGAUGGAGUGCCUCAUCAAAGGAUGCAAUUUCCUCCUGAAAAACAUUCCGGAUGAAGCAUUUGUAUUCAACAAACCUGGAAAUCCCGACUAUCGAUUUCUUAAAAUAGAUGGAGAUUCCAUUUUUCCAUACCUCCUUGUCAAUAUUGGAUCAGGUGUUAGCCUUAUUAAGGCUAAGACGGAGUUUGAGAGGAUUGGUGGGUCGUCACUGGGGGGUGGAACGUUCUGGGGUCUCGGGUCACUGUUGACCAACGCCAAGGGAUUUGAUGAAUUGCUUCAGCUAGCGGAACAGGGAGAGCACAAGAAUGUUGACAUGUUGGUUGGCGACAUCUACGGAGGUGCCUACCAGACCUUACAUCUGCCUUCUGAUCUCAUUGCUUCCAGUUUUGGAAAGGCAGCAAGGUCAGCCAGGGACAGGCAACAUGCAGACAUGGCAAAAAGUUUGUUGAUAAGCAUCAGCAACGACAUCGGCCAGAUAGCUUGCCUCAACGCUCGACUGCACAACUUGGAGAGGAUAUUCUUCGGUGGCUACUUCAUUCGAGGUCAUCCAAUCACCAUGUACACCAUGACCUAUGCUAUCAAUUUCUGGUCGAAGGGCAGCAUACAAGCCAUGUUUCUUCGGCAUGAGGGCUACCUCGGAGCCAUCGGGGCUUUUUUGAAGGGGUGUGAGGAAGAAGAUACGAGCAAGUACUGUUGGACGCGCACAACGACUUCGUCAUGGGCCGAGAACUACGCUGGAAGUUCUGGACUGAAGCACCAGCAACAUUGCAACAUUCAGCAUCUUUCACACUGCUCUCAUAACAAUCCCACUGACCAUCAACAACAACAGCAACAACAACGUGCCCAUCUCGAUAACGAUGAUGUUAAUGAUGAGGAGGAUGCCGAUGAUGAAGAUAGUGAUGAUGAUUUCGCCCUAGACAAUCACAUUCUUUACAAUACAACAUUUGACGUGUUGGAGUUGGAUAGAUUCUCCAAGCCAUUGGUCUGUUGUCCUCUGUUAAACGACCCUAACAAGUAUGUGCCCGACACCGUUGAUCUCACCAGGGACCAGCAUGCCAGGGAGUACUGGCUGCAAUGUUUCCACGAUGCCACUGAACAAUUUGCCGAAAGAGCAGUUCAAUCUCAGCCGAGCAAGUCGGAUGCUGAGCAGAGAGCACUGAAGUUCAAGGAGAAGUAUAUCAGUCGAUUGAAACAUCUGCGAGUCAAUCCUUGUUCAUACGGCUCGCUGACCGUUCGUAGCCUUCUAGACACCAGAGAACACUGCCUCGAAGAAUUUCAUUUUGUUGACCCUUACUCACUGCAAAAGCAACAGGAGAACGAACAAGCGCUAUCUCAAUUCAAAGAGCGGAUAAAUGAACUUGACCUGUUGAACUUUGACUCGCAGUGGUUUGAACUCGUGCGUGGAGUACUAGCUGGUAAUGUUUUCGAUUGGGGUGCAAAGGCCGUCACUGCCGUCAUUGAAUAUCAGCAGUUUGGUUUUCACGAAGCUCUCAACAAAAUACCUGAACGUCCAUGGUUGAUAGACAACUUUGAUAGCUGGAUGUUGAGAGUUGAAAAGGGAGUCCCGUACAAAUGCGUGGUCAUCUUCGUGGACAACAGUGGUCUGGACAUCAUUCUUGGAAUCUUCCCAUUUUCCAGAGCCCUGCUGAAAAUGGGUUCGAAGGUCAUCCUGUGCGCUAACUCUCGUCCCGUCCUCAACGAUGUAACGUACCACGAACUCAUCAUACUGACCAAACGAUUAGCCAAGCAGUGUGACGUCAUCAACCUUGCCCUAAACGACGGACGCUUAUUGGUCAUGGAGAGUGGGCAAGGGUCGCCCUGUUUGGAUUUAAGAUACAUAGACUACGAUUUGGGCCAGAAGAUGAUGGAACUGAACACGGAUUUGAUAAUUCUCGAAGGAAUGGGACGCUCCAUCCACACAAAUCUCUUUGCCAAGUUCUCGUGCGACGUACUCAAGGUGACCAUUCUUAAAAAUAAAUGGCUGGCAGAGAGUAUUGGCGGGAAAAUGUUUGACGUUGUUUUCAAAUAUGAAAGUAGUUCUUCCGCCGCUGUAGCUGCAGACGAUCGUUCUACCACGACGAUGGAGAGCUGA